GAAUAAAAACCCUAGAAAAAAUUUCCCCAAAAUCUCAAAGAUCCAUGGCCGUAAUUAUCCCUCGUUCAGAUCCACCGUCACGAAUCCAUCCCGAACCACCACAAACCCUAGAAAUCGACCAUUUCGAUCGUCUUCCAGACUCAAUCCUCCUCCUCGUUUUCAACAAAAUCGGCGACGUUAAAGCUCUCGGACGAUGCUGUGUUGUUUCCCGGAGAUUUCAUUCUCUCGUUCCUCAAGUCGAUAACGUCGUUGUUCGUGUCGAUUGCGUAAUCUCCGAUGAUGAUUCUUCGUCUUUAUCAUCUAUCAAAUCUCGCUCCGGUUCUUCCGCUGGAUCGUUUUCGGCUAUAUUUCGUCUUGUUGUUGGUGGCAUUGUUAAGCCGUUACAAGCUUUAGGUCAAUUCCUUGGUACGAAGAGAUCAUCAUGUGGUGGUUCUGGAUCUUCGUCUUCGUUGUCUAUUAGUGGAGAUGAUGAAGGUGGAGAGAUUGAACAAGGCGGUGUUACGCAUCAUUCACCUACACAGGUUUUGAAAAACUUCGAUGAGAUUCGUUACUUACGUAUUGAGCUUCCUAGUGGUGAAUUAGGGAUUGAUGAUGGAGUUUUGUUGAAAUGGAGAGCUGAAUUUGGUUCAACUCUUGAUAAUUGUGUGAUUCUCGGUGCUUCUUCUGUGAUUCAACCGAAUCCGAUGAGAAUUUCUCAAGCCGUGGACACUAGUACAGUCGUUGAAGCUUCAGGUUCCGGCUCUGAUGAUAAUGGGAGUAUACCGGAAUCGUUUUACACUAACGGAGGUUUGAAAUUGCGUGUUGUAUGGACAAUUAGCUCUUUGAUUGCUGCAUCAGCACGACAUUACUUGUUACAGCCGAUAAUCGCGGAGCAUAAGACACUUGAUAGUUUAGUUCUCACUGAUUCUGAUGGGCAAGGUGUGCUUUGUAUGAACAGAGAUCAGCUAGAAGAGCUAAGAGUGAAACCAUUAGCAGCUUCAUCGGCUUCAAAGAGGACACUUGUGCCUGCCUUGAAUAUGAGACUAUGGUAUGCGCCAACCUUGGAGUUGCCUGAUGGAACUGUGCUAAAAGGUGCGACUUUAGUAGCGAUAAGACCAAGCGAGUCGAAAAGGGAAGUGUCUGAUAUCUCUUGGGUAUCUUCGGCUUUCGAGGAGCCUUAUGAAACAGCUGCGAAGAUGCUGGUUAAGAGAAGGACUUACUGUCUUGAAAUGAACUCGUUCUAGCUUGCAAACUUUAAGUUAAAAUCUGAGGUAUUGCUUAUUCCCCCUGUCAUUAUACAAGUUAUUUAAGAUUGUAGUUUUGGAAUUGCUAUAAUCACUCCUUUUUUGGAUUUCCUACUGGUUCUGAUUAGUAAUUUUGUAGAGUUGUGAGCAAAACAAAAAAUCUACAAAAUUACAGAUUUAUUGUGCUAACAUCUUUUUAAUGUGAUUGUUGAAUUACAUAAAUUUUUGAUAUCUUGGCUAUAAAUAAUGUUGACUGCA